CUUAUUCUAAUAUUAAAAUAUCAGCCGCGCCUCUUUCACUUCAACCUUCCUCAAUUCACUGGCUAUGGAAGAAGCUUAAAGCUGGGAGGUUAUGGCUGUAGAACUCGAUUCUCGUAUGGCUAUGUGGGAUUUUCUCGCCAAUGGUCUCUCUUGCUAGCUUCAGCGCCGUGAUUUCUACGCUUUGAUAUCGAAUUUCUAAGCUCAGCUCAGCGUUAAAAGAUGAAAAUUCUUCGCAAGCUCAAAUUUCCCUCGAGAUCUAAGACGCAGAUCUUUGCGUUUACAGUCACCGGCGUAGCUCUUACCGGCGCAGCCGCAGUUUCUGUUCUCCAAACCCCUCCUUCAUUUCAUUAUCUAAACAAAAUCGCGACGGCGAUAGAAGGCGUCGUCCGUUCUUCUCGCACUAUCUACGCCAUCACUCUCACCGUCGCCGAUUACAAGUACAGUUUGCGUGGAUUUCCGGUGGAAUCCGAUAAAUAUCUUCAGAGAUUGACAGAGGUUCAUUCGCGGUCUGCGGGAAGAAUUCUUAAACUGUGUGAGAGUAAUAAAGGUUUUUAUGUGAAAGCUGGCCAGUUCGUGGCCACGUUGAAGCUGGUUCCGAAAGAGUACUCUUUGGCUCUUUCCUCGUUGCAGGACCAGGCAGUUCCUUGUAAUUUCCGAGAUAUAAAACACGUUCUGACAAGCAACUUGGGUCAAGAUCUCACAGAGAUAUUUUUAUCUUUUGAUGAGGAACCAAUUGCGGCAGCAUCUAUUGCUCAAGUACAUCGUGCUGUAUUGAAGGAUCAUCAGGAAGUAGCAGUAAAGUUGCAAUACCCUGAAUUGAAGCAGAACAUGAAGUUGGAUACAAUGAUCAUGUCGUUCCUUUCGAAAUCCGUUGUAAAGAUUUUUCCAGAAUACAGAUUUGAGUGGCUGGUUUAUGAAUUCGUAAAGUCGAUUUCCCAGGAACUUGAUUUUAUACAGGAGGCAAAAAAUUCAGAGAAAAUUGCCAAAAACUUCAAACAUAAUAAAAUGAUUACUGUUCCUGCUGUGUUUUGGGAGUUCACAACUACUCAAGUCCUGACAAUGCAGUUUUGCAAGGGUUUCAAGGUAAUGACGUUCAACACAGUUAACCAUCUACACGAUUUUCAGGUUGAUGAUGUGGAAUCCCUCAAGAGCACUAAUUUAAGUCCAACAAAGGUUGCUAAAGUUUUGGUUGAAGUAUUUGCUGAAAUGAUAUUUGUUCACGGAUUCAUACAUGGCGAUCCGCAUCCCGGCAACAUACUAGUUUCUCCUGGGGGCCCGAACGACUUCUCUUUAGUUCUUCUAGAUCAUGGGAACUGUAAAACAUUGGACGAGGGAUUUAGGCGGGACUUUUGUCGAUUAUGGGAGGCUUUGAUUCUUCUAGACUCAAACAAAAUACAGGAAUUAGGGAAACGGUUUGGUGUUGGCAAAUAUUCCAAAUUCUUCCCUGUCAUUUUCACUGGAAGAACUAGUGAAAGCAAAUCAGGAUUGGGAAAAGGAAUGUCUAUACAAGAGAGGCAAAAACUGAAACAAGAGCUGAAGCUUUUGAGAUUGGAAGAUGUAACAACUUUCAUGGGGUCUCUUCCACCAGACUUUCUCACCGUUCUGCGAACAGAUGGACUCAUACGGUCAAUCACCUUGAAGUUGGGUGCUCCACAACGUGCGAGACUACUCGCUUACGCCAAAUAUGCGGUAUAUGGGCUUGGCUACAACCAGCCUUCUGAAUCAGAUUUUGUUGAGAAGUCGAUGAUAUCCAGAUCUGUGUUGUUGAUCAGCUACCUUCGCUUACGUUUUAUUCUAGAAUUGGUUGAACUUUUUCAAGGAGUGAAGAAGCUAAAACAUACAAUCUAUACUUUCUUUGGACGAAUCUUUGACGGCAUCACAAAUAGUGUUAAGGCAUCACCGAGUAUUACUUGCAUUUUAUGAAAAUAUUAUGCUGGAGACAUUAGUUAGAAACAGUCUGAUGUUUUAGGCCUGAAGCAAGCGGAUCGGAAGAAGGGUUUUUGUUUUAGAGAAUAGAUGGAGCUUUCUCUCUCUGGCGACUGUUUGCAAGUAAUCUAAAAGUGCUAUUUCGUAAAAUUUAAAAAGCAAAAUAAACUAUUUUGGCCGCCACUGUCUUCGACUUGUAACAAUUAGUUUUUGUUAUUCUCUCUUGUAUGUUUAAAGUUAAUGAUUUAGCUAGUUAAACAUAAUAACUAUUGUUAGUGUUAUUGAAUUGACCACCAAAACUCGGCUAUUGUUCUUAAUAAAAACAGGCGGAGAUUAAG